AACAGCAUAACAGGGGAAACACAGGGACGUCAACAAAACAGGAGGCUGGCCACGGUGAAGCUUGAGCAAGGGGGCAGGGACCAGAAGAGAGGGAGUGGGAUUGGGAAGGCAAUUGGAUAUUAUUAGGGUUCAAGGGGGAGGAAGGGGGUUGUCUUCUGCUCCAUGAAUGGGGCUCUCGGUUGAUGUUGUAGCACGCGCCUCGAUUCUCAACGGCGCGCCCGCUAUGGCCAUGGCGCCCAGAUGCCUUUGUGUUGCAGUGCAGCAUUGCCACCCCGCGGCCGCAAACGGCAUGAUGCAGAGCCUCCGGUACUUGCAGCGAGGGCAGUUAUGGGCCACGGCGCUCGGGCUGCGUGGCUCCGCGCAGCAGCUGGCUUUCGUGCGCUCGUUGGGGAGCUGGAGCUCGCCUGUGCCCGAGAGGACGGCCUCGUCCAAGCGCCGGGCACGGGGACCGAUCAUGGCUGCUGCUAAGAAGGCCGCAGGCGAAGGUGGUUCGCAAGAUGGCGGUCAAUACAAAGAUACGGUAGACUUACCGCAAACAAGUUUUGGCAUGAAGGCCAAUGCCGUACAAAGAGAACCUGAGAUUCAAAAGCUAUGGGAGGAGAGACAGAUUCUUCAAAGGAUGAUGGAAAGGAAUACUGGGGAAAUCUUUACGCUUCAUGAUGGACCUCCAUACGCGAAUGGCGAGCUUCACAUGGGCCAUGCCCUGAACAAGAUUCUGAAAGAUUUCAUAAACCGUUAUCAGCUUUUGCAAGGUCGGAAGGUCUACUAUGUUCCUGGUUGGGAUUGCCAUGGUUUGCCCAUUGAAUUGAAAGUGCUUCAAUCAAUGGAUGCAGAAGCGAGGAAGGAAUUGACACCUAUUAAGCUUAGGAAAAAGGCUGCUCAGUUUGCUCAGAAGACGGUGAACGAGCAGCGCAAAUCAUUUAAGAGGUUUGGAGUGUGGGGAGAUUGGGAAAAUCCUUAUCUGACACUUAGUCCUGACUAUGAAGCUGCCCAGAUUGGCGUGUUUGGGAAAAUGUUUCUGAAUGGUCACAUUUAUAGAGGUCGGAAACCUGUACAUUGGAGCCCAUCAUCUGGAACUGCCCUUGCUGAAGCAGAGCUUGAGUAUCCCGAGGGCCACACAUCAAAAAGUAUCUAUGUGGUUUUCAAAAUGAUUGAGUUGAGCGAUAAUUUUCCUGAAUCUUUGAAGCCGUUGCUACCCAGCAUGGGUGUUGCUAUCUGGACUACAACACCUUGGACUAUCCCUGCUAAUGCAGCUGUUGCAGUGAACGACAAGCUUACUUAUGCAGUGGUCGAGAUAAAGUCGUCCACCCCAUCCGAGGGAGAGUCGGAAGCUUAUCCAACAGGCAAGGGGAAGGCAAGAAGGGGGUCUGCUUUAUUAGAUCCCCAAGUGAAGCACGUGAUAGUAGCAGCGGAUCUUGUCCCUGCUCUAGAAGCUAAGUGGGGUGUCUCAUUGGAAGUGAAAGGGACAUUUCCUGGCUCAGCCCUUGAGCACAGCAGGUAUAGACAUCCUUUGGAAGAGCGUGAGAAUCCUGUUGUAGUUGGGGGAGAUUAUAUUACUACCGAGUCAGGAACCGGUUUGGUGCACACAGCACCUGGACAUGGUCAAGAAGAUUACAUCACUGGACUGAAGUAUGGUCUUCCUCUGCUCUCUCCAGUAGACGAUAACGGCAACUUCACUUCCGAAGCAGGGCAAUUUUCGGGUCUGAACGUGUUAGGGGAAGGCAAUUCGUCAGUGGUGACAGCACUUGAUUCGCAUUCAGUCCUUUUGAUGGAAGAAGCUUAUGUGCACAAAUAUCCCUACGAUUGGAGAACAAAGAAGCCCACUAUUUUUAGGGCUACUGAGCAGUGGUUUGCUUCUGUCGAAGGAUUCAGACAAACAGCACUGGAGGCAAUUCGUAGUGUGCAAUGGGUGCCCGCAACGGGAGAGAAAAGGAUCACAUCUAUGACUGUUAGCCGAUCCGAUUGGUGCAUCUCCAGACAAAGGAGCUGGGGUGUGCCAAUUCCUGUCUUUUACCACGUGGAGUCUAAUGAACCCCUUAUGACCCAAGAGACGAUUGCUCACAUACAAGCAAUUAUUGCUCAAAAGGGUAGUGAUGCUUGGUGGUACAUGAGCGUUGAAGAUCUUUUGCCAGCUGAAUACCGUGGGCAAGCCAACAUGUACAAGAAGGGCAUGGACACAAUGGAUGUGUGGUUUGAUUCAGGAUCUUCUUGGGCAGCUGUUGUGGCCGCUAGGAAGGAAUUGAGGUCUCCAGCCGACUUGUAUUUGGAAGGCAGUGACCAACAUCGUGGCUGGUUCCAAAGUUCACUUCUCACCAGCGUGGCCACUGAAGGAAGAGCGCCAUACAAGACAGUAUUGACACACGGGUUCGUUCUCGAUGAGAGGGGUCAUAAGAUGAGCAAAUCUCUAGGAAAUGUGGUGGAUCCUCGAAGUGUCAUUGAGGGAGGCAAAAAUCAGAAGGCUGAACCAGGGUAUGGGGCGGACGUUUUGAGGCUUUGGGUGUCAAGUGUCGAUUACACUGGUGACGUCAUGAUUGGUCCUCAGAUUGUACGUCAGAUGUCAGAAAUAUAUCGCAAGCUCCGAGGCACUUUGCGUUACUUGCUGUCGAAUCUUCAUGACUGGAAGCCUGAAGAGCACAGUGUUGCAUAUGAAGAUCUGCCGAAAUUGGACCAGUAUGCACUUUUUCAGCUAGCAUCUGUCGUGGACGGAAUUGAAGAUAGUUACAACAAAUAUCAAUUUUACAGGUUUUUCCAGCUGAUGCAACGGUUUAUAGUGGUGGAUUUGUCAAACUUCUAUUUUGACACUGCAAAGGACCGGCUUUACACGGGGGGUAGGGAAAGUUACACAAGAAGGAGCUGUCAAUCUGUGUUAGCGGCACAAUUACUAUGCUUGGUGCGUGCCAUUGCACCAGUUUUACCACACAUGGCUGAGGAUGCCUGGUCCCACCUUCCCUUUUCCUUCCACCUGGAUAACGGUUCUUUGGCAGAAACUGUCUUUGAAGCAGCUUGGCCCAAGGUUGAUGCAAGAUGGCUUUCGGUUUCUGAAGAAGAUCUCUCACUUUGGAGUGCUUUACUUCAGGUUAGAGGACUAGUAAAUCAGAAACUGGAGGAGGCACGGAAUAACAAGUUGAUUGGAGCCAGCUUGGAUGCUAAGGUCUAUUUGCAUGCAUCGUCGAAGGAUCUCCAACAGGGUCUAAUUUCAAUGUGCGGAUCAAGUGACGUCGAUCACCUGAAACGUAUCGUGUUGACCUCUCAGGUUGAGGUGUUACCAUCAAGAGAGGAAGCAGAAAGCUUGAACCUUUCAUACGCAUCAUCAACAACGUUGGAGAACGGAGAAACUUUGUGGGUUGGAGUGGCACGAGCGGACGGUGCCAAGUGUGAAAGGUGUUGGAAUUACACUCCAGCUGUGGGAACUUUGGAAGGGCAUCCCGGUUUAUGUGAGCGUUGUUACGGCGUCAUCUCCCAAUAUCCUGUUCAAAAGACCCAUGUGGCCGUUUGAGGGCUUCGAUUUUUUAGAUGGUGCAGUUAUUCUACCUCUAAAUGUGUAGAGCUAGGUUUGAUAUCUGCAUGAUUAUACUCAUCUCAGGAACUGUCAUGAAGUUGUCAACAAUUUAAAUCUGAAUGAACCUCUGUUCAUGUUUUGGUUUCCUAGUGCCUUCAAAGGGUUUUCUAUUGCCA